UCCUUUGUUUUUUCUAGUUGUCAAGACAAACACUGAUUAUCAAGUUGUCGCGAUUUUUGUAUGCGAGAUGAAACAACAGAAGCUAUCACAGAGGCACUGAUGUGCAUUAAAAAAUGGAAUCCUUUAUUUCAACCUAAAUUUGUUUUAACUGAUUAUUCCAAUGAAGAGAUAAACUCAUUAGAGUAUGUGUUUCCAGGAUCAAAUGUCUUAAUUUGUGACUUUCACAGAGAACAGGCUUGGGAAAGAUGGUUGUCAAAAAUCACUAACGGAUGUUCCUCAGUAAAAGAAGUAGUUAAGUUAAAACUUCGUCAAAUUGCUAAUUCAAAAACAGAAGAGAUUUGCAUAAAUGCUGUAAAUGCUUUCAAAGAGUCAGAAGAGUGGAAAAAUCACCCAAAACUUCGAGAGUACUUAAAAAACACUUGGUUAUGCAACCAAAAGAGAUGGGUGUUUGCUUUUCGGCAACAUCGCCUUUUGCGAAAUGUCAACACAAACAAUGGUACUGAAAGACAGAACCAAUCUCUAAAAUACAGCUUUUUGGAAAAAAGGAAAAACUCUUCUCUUACAGCUAUGCUAAGUGUUUGCAUUGAUGAAUUCCUUCCUCAUAACUAUAACAAUUAUGCUGAUAAAAACAGAAGAGCGCACUCAUCUUAUAGAAAGUAUAAUAGUAAGAUUCCAGUAUAUUUAAUAAACCACCCUCAACCUUUAGUAAAGCAUUGCAUGAACAUGAUAGAUAAGCUACAAGGUUUAGACUUGGAGGGAAUUAAUGCUGUUACAGAUAGAUUGUACAAUGUUGCAUCAUUUCAGUCAAAUAGUAGAGAAAUUUACCAAUUUUUUCUUGGUGAUGCAAAACACUUGCCAAGCUGUUCCUGCCCUUCUUGGUUUAGUAGCAUAUAUCCAUGCAAACAUAUUUUUGCAGUUUUCAGUAAAGAAAAUCUUUCUUGGUCUGAUUUUGAUCCAUCUUAUGGCAAUUCUCCAUAUUUCAUCUUAGAUCCAUUGUUGAAUAAAAAUAAUUACUCAACUUCAUUUCAUUGUCAAGAUUUACCUGAAACUGUUAAUUUAUCUUUUAAAAAAAAUCCUCUUGAUAAUGCCAAAGUAGUGAGUGACAACAGUGAGUUUGUACCAUCAGAACAUUGUCAGACAUUACCAAAUAUUAAUCAUAUACAGGCUAGUCAUCAUACACCUGCUGCAUGUUGUGAACUCUUAAACGAAAUCAUAAAACUUACUCAUUUAAGUAAAUCUCAAACAGCAACAGAUAACUUGUUUGAGGGACUUUAUAAACUUAAAUUAGUUAGUUUAAUGUUUGAACAAAGUGCAAUGAGGAAUCAUCUUCUAAAGUGUUUGCUAAACAACCGAUUAGAUGUCUUCCCAACUGCCAUUAAUCCUUCAAUAUCUAAAAGAUGCCUAGCAAAGACUUUUCAUCUUCUUUUACAUUGCUCAUGUAGAAUGUUUUGGACCCUAGAAGAUGAGCACAUUUUUAACAGGCAAAUGGCUGAAUGCAGUACUUGUUGCAAAUGGUUUCAUCGGGAGUGUGAAAAAAUCCCACCAACUGCAUAUGUAAUCUGGAACUGUCAUGAGUGCCACAGGCAAGCAUCGCAAAGAUAAAGAUUUGUUUGUUAGUUGAUAUAUUUUUAUACUAUUUAAGAUCAACGCCACCUGCUAACAUCUACAGCUCAAAAUCAAUUUUUGGAGAAAAUAUUUGAAGAAUAUAAUGAAAAAAGUAACUAUAAAAUGUGUACUUUCCUUGUAAGUUACUAUAUGUAAAUUUUUUUACUGUAUUGACAUUUAAAGGAUGCACAAGCCACCUCAGUCAGCUUUGGUGGGGUGUUAACUCACCUGUAAGUUUUUUUUUUUUAUGUCUAUUUGUGUUUUGUUUAAACUAAUGCCACAGAGUUAACUCAUCCAUAAAUUACUUAAUGUCUGUUUGUGUUCUGUUUGAACCUCUGGCGCGGUGUUAACUCACCCGUAAGUUACUUUAUGUCUGUUUGUGUUCUGUUUGAACCUCUGGCGCGGUGUUAACUCGCCCGUAAGUUACUUUAUGUCUGUUUGUGUUCUGUUUGAACCUCUGGCGCGGUGUUAACUCACCCGUAAGUUACUUUAUGUCUGUUUGUGUUCUGUUUGAACCUCUGGCGUGGUGUUAACUCACCCGUAAGUUACUUUAUGUCUGUUUGUGUUAUCUAUAAUUAUAUGGAAUAGUGUUAACUCAGCCGUCAGUUAUUUUAUGUAUAUGUGUGUUCUAUAUGAUUGUGUAUAUUAUCUGGUGUAGUGUUAGUUAAGUGAGUAACUAGUGAAUACAACAAUAUAAUAGAUUGUUUACCCUAACUUACAUUUUUCUUCUAGAUAAAAUGUUUUUCUAAUGAAUAUUUACAGUCUCCUAAGUAAUGUGAUGGAGUACAGAAGUAACUAACUCUAGCAAUCCAGUUCUUGUUGCUGAAAAAGGAACCUAAUUUUUUUUUUAUUUAUAUUUUUUUUUUAUUUAUAUUUUUUUUCAACUGAAAUUUUAGGUUGAUUUUUUGUGCAACUAAAAUAAUAUUCAUGGGGCAAAAUAAACAACUUGCACAUUUUCAUUUUUGAAAUAGAAAAUUACUUUUUAAAACUAUGAACUACUUUAAUUAAAACUAUUACUUAACUAUUUAAAGUGCAUUUUUGAACAUAAGAAGUGCGGAUAUAUACAACAUAUACAACAUUCUGAUUUAGGUGCUCUCCAUGGUACACUAUAAAUAAAAUAAGAAUACAUUAAAGCAUAUUCAAUAAUAUGUAUAUAAAUAAAUAGAUAGAGAUUGUUUUUUUUUUCAACCUCUUUAACCACUAUAGCAGUUGAAAAUUACUGGAAGAGAAAAGAUGAAGUUUGUAGAUCAAGAUAACGAUUGACAGAUGACUUAAAAGAGUAAAUUAUAUGAAUCAGGAUAAGAAGAAAAUGAAGGAAGUGAAUUCCAAAGUGCUGAUGUUCAAGGAAAAAAAAUAGAGGAAUACGAGUUUUAGGAGCACUUAAGAUAAUUCACAGAAAAAGAAUGAGACUUAAGAGAUAAGAAUGAGACAAUUGAAACACAAGAAUGAUAGUAAAUGGCACAAGGUACGCUAGCUCUUUAGAGCAGUGCCCUUUAUAGUAUUUGUAGAAAAGAGAAAGAGAGGCAACAUGAUGAUGUGACAAUGGUUGGAGGUUGGCUGCAAGAGCAUCCAAUUAUUAUGUUUAUAUUAU